UUCUAAUCAUUAUUUUUUUGAAUUUAAAUUUUUUCCAUAUUUAUUACAUUUUCAGAACAUAAUUUAGGUUAAUAUGGACUCGUCCGAAAAUAUAAGGUUUACUGCUUCGCGGUUGUCUUUGCCUCUUUUUAUGAUAACAAGAAAUCGAAUAAAGUUUGCAAAAAUUAAUUUUUUGAAAAAAUAUAUGAAGAAAAAUAUUUACUUAUAUGGGAAAAAUAUUAAUCCAGAAUUUGAAAGAGCAACUAUACAAUAUUUCCAACAUGUCCUGGGUAUGAAAAAACAUUCAUGCUCUAUAACAAACCAUCGGAAUUUAAAUGGCUCUGGGAAGUGUAGGAUAAGAGAUUUAGGAAAAUCCUGGCAUUUACCACCUAAUCGUUAUGAUACAAGUAAAAUACCAUUUGACAGCAAGUGUGGAAUGGGUGGUGCAUACUGGCCUAAAAUAUAUACUCAUCAAGCAAAACCUAGACCAUGUUUCCGUCAAACACCUAAUAGUUUCUAUAACACACCGACCAUAACUGAGAGACUUUUCGCACCUUGCCUUAGGACAAAAGGAAUUUUUCUAUCAAAUGCCCGCGAACGACGUGCUACAAGUCGAUGUAUGAUUAGUAAUAUAGGGGCAUGUUACAAAAAUCCUUCCGAACCUGGUCCAACAACAUAUAACCCAACUUGUAAACAACAUACAAAAAAAAGCGUAUCAAACGUAAAAAAACCGAAUCCACAUUUAUUUUAUAGUUUAUCAACGGUACCAGUGAAAAUAAAUAGUAUACAUACACGUCAUACAAGCUUCACUGGCGCACCCGGCCGUUAUGAGAUUCGUUAUCCCAACAUCUGUCCAUGCUCGACAAAACGUGUUUAUCAACCUCAAAUCGACCUUAUAAUUGAUAAAGAGAAGCGGAAAAAAUUUCGCCGUUUACCUUAUGAAGUAAUUAAGGCAAGAUUCUUUACAUCACCAGACUGGAGACAUGUAAAAGGUCGCGGUUUUCGUCAUCUUUUUAAAGGAGCCAAUCUCUUCAAACCAGCCCUAUCGACUCAAGAGGGGAAGAAACAAAAAAAUAUUCUACUUUAUCCAGAUUCAAAAUAUAUUGCAAUGAUAAACAAUCCUUUGCGGGCACCGCUAUCUUUAAGACCAAAAACUAUAUCGACUAUAAAGCCACAGAUUAAAUUUAAUUGCAUUGCAAAGAGAGUCACACGAAAACAAUUGAGGAAUAACAAAAAGAUUGCAUUUAGUAGUACCCAAGAGCGUUUCCGUGAUAGUUAUCGUUUGCCCAUUCUAACUCUGAGCCAACAAGAACAACUCAAACAGUCCCUGCCUUAUGAGCGUCAAUUUCGAGAUCAUCCCAUUAUGAAUAAACUGCCAUCGGAUAUAAAAUCAAAGCUAUACCAAACACCAAAACACAUGCAACUCAAUUAUGAGCCAAAGUUAAGAAAAAAGAUAUUCAAAUUUCAACCGUUACCUCAAGCCAAAGUACUGGUAACCGAGAAUAAUCUAAAUAUAAGAGAAGCUCAUAGGGAAGGCUACUACUUGAAAAUAUUAGAAGCUAAUCAUUUUUUUAAAGAAAACAUUUUAUUAUAAAGUAAAUGUGGUUUCGUGAACAAACUCUUUCGUACAUUUUGAAUAUUAUAAAACGGUAUCUCUUGACUUAAUCAAUUUUGAAAAUUUAAUAAAUUACGAAAAAAAUUUACUUAAAGAUUACAUAACUUUUAAUGAAGAAUGUGGUUCUACUUUAAUAUUUAAACUACAUAUAUAUUACAUUAAAAUUGCUAAAAAUAUGUAUGUAUAUUUUUACUUAUACGCAUAUAUGGGCAAUUUCGUGUCAAGUGGCCCGACUCAACUUAAAAAAUCGAUUUCAACGAAAUUAGUAUUUUUGGGAAACACAUAAGAACAAGCUAUAUAACUCCUUUAGACAAUUUCUGCUAGGACCAAUGAAAAGUAAUACUCAUUAUUAAAAACCUUGUGUGGCCAAAAUGUCUAAAUGUGACCUCCAUUUAAUGGUGAUACUGAUGCCUGGUUGGUGCUUAUUUCGUCCAAAUCGUUUUUUUGGUUGGGUCACUUCAUAUAAAAAAGUGCCCAUGUAAUUAUUGACAAGAUGUAAAAAUGCACAUAUAUUAAUC